AUUUACACUUACACAAACAUGCUUGCGCACGUAUGAGUGCGAUACUUAGCCAAUUUAUUUGUUCAAUACAAACAGUCGUCACCAACGAGCUGCACCAUCCGAUAAAGCAAAUAACCCAAAGGGUAGAUAUAUACCUUAGCGCAAUUCCGAAAUCAGAAAAUCACAAGACCGCGCACAAACAGAACAAGCAGUGCUUGAAACAACAUGAAAUUGGAAUACGAUACAAAUCCGUUCAAGCGACCGAUGAAUGCGCUACAGAAACAAUGGUACCGCGUACUUAUCGCCCGACGUGUUGGCUACGGGCCGUCGCGAUCGAGCAAUGACAACCAAACGCAAACGUAUCAGCAAGUUUGCCAAUGGCGCUACAUGGACGCAUUCCGCCGUUACAAUGCACAGUUCCGCAAGGAAGUGCAACAGCACGAGCUCAUGCAGCCGACUGCCAUCGAUGCGAUGCGUGUUCACAGAACCUUCGCCAUUACAACACUUUGGCCGCCCUUGCACUCGAAACGGGAAAUAAAUCUGACACUGGAACAAUUGGAGAAUGUUUUGAGUGUCAAAGAAAGGUGGCGUUUGGAGGAGAUACUCAAGCGUGAAACGAAGCGCAGAUAAAGUGGCUUCAGAGGGCAACGUGAGAUAGGUGGAAUGGCAGUAGAGAAGAAAAGGAGAUAAGUGGAAUGAGAGGGAAGCAUAAGUUGAAAAUGAGUAAGAAGCUUGGGAGGUACUUACUGAAGGAAGUGGAUGACAUAUCAAUGACUUGAAGAGCUGUAAUGUUAAAAAGAAAAUUGAUUUGGGUAAAGGAAGAACACAGAGAGGGCGGUUUUGAGAGUAAUAAAAGACAACAAGAAGAAUUUGCUACGAUAUUGAAAUAUACUUGUAUUAUAUAUAGUAAAAUUGAUUGCUUAUAAAGAUAUUCUGCAUAAAAUA